AACGUUAUGGAUAUUUUCGAUCACCCUUACUACAAAGUUAACAAACGUUUAUUAGUGCUGAUAGGGCAAUGGCCUUAUCAGAAUUCAUAUGAUCGUUUUUUCCGUAGAUGUUUUGUGAAUUUCAUAUUUACCGGAUUUGCUAUCACACAGAUUGCACUGGUUUCUACCUGUAAUGGAAAUAUUGAUGUGAUACUCGAGAGUGUACCAUUUAUAUGCGUUUUUAUCGCUAUGGUAAUAAAAUAUUACACAUAUCAGAUUCAAAGGAAUAACAUGCAGUAUCUUCUGAAACAUAUUGUUAAAAAUUGGCAAAUAUGGGAAACACGAGAGGAAAUGAAUAUCAUGCACGAAUUUGCCGGCGAAGGAAGAUUCUUUACGUUGGUCUAUAUAACAUAUAUAUACAUAUGUAUGAUAUUUUUCCUUAUAUUGCCAUUUUUUCCGCGUCUUAUGGAUAUCAUCGUACCUUUAAACGAGUCUCGCCCUUUGAGAUCAAUAAUUAAGAGUUAUUACUUCGUCGACGGAAAUGAAUACUUCUAUUCUAUUUAUUGUCACAUGAGUAUAGAAAUUACGGUUGGAAUUACUGUAUUAAUUGCUUCAGAUAGUUUAUUUUUGGUUUUUAAUUCACACAUAUGCGGUUUGUUUUCUGCUGUAGGUUUUCGUUUAGAACAUUUGUUGUUCAAUCGGAUUGACUCGGAAAUUUUAUUGGAUCGUCAAAUAAGAAAACUAUGUAUCGACAACUUUGUACAUUCUAUUAAAAAUCACAAAAGAGCAUUGGAGUUUGCUGAACUUAUUGAAUCUUCUUAUUCAAUAUCUUUCCUUAUACAAGCUUUUUUGGGUUUGAUAUGUUUGAGCAUUUCUAUGUUUCUAAUAUUAAUGUCACUUGACAAACCACCAGAAGCACUCACAUUUUUGAUUUUCGCAUGUGCUCAAUUUCUUCAUCUUUUAUGUAUAUGUUAUCCUGGACAAAGAAUGAUAGAUUACAGUACUGAUAUACGUAUUAAAGCAUAUAAUGGAUUGUGGUACGAAGCACCAAUUGAAAUUCAUAGAUUAGUGUUACUAAUAAUACGACGAAGUAUGGAACCUUGUUAUUUGACUGCUGGAAAAACAUUUAUAUUUUGUUUAGAAACUUUUUCAAAGAUUUUGCAAACUUCUGGUUCGUACUUCAUGAACGCUUUACGCCCUCGAAACGUUAUGGAUACUUUCGACCACCCUUACUAUAAAGUUAACAAGCGUUUAUUGAUGAUGGUAGGGCAAUGGCCUUAUCAGAAUUCGUAUGAUCGUUUUUUCGGUAGAUGCAUUGUAAAUUUUAUAUUUAUCGUUUUUACUAUCACACAGGUGGCAUUGAUUUGUACCUGUAAUGGAAAUAUCGACAUUAUACUCGAAAGUAUACCAUUUAUAUGUGGUUUUAUCGCUAUGGUUAUUAAAUAUUAUAGCUAUCAAGUUCAGAGAAAUAAAAUUCGGAUUCUUUUGAAACACGUUGUUAACAAUUGGCAAAUAUUGAAAACUCGAGAAGAAAUGGAUAUCAUGCACAAAUUUGCCGGCGAAGGAAGAUUUAUUACGUUCGUCUAUAUAAUAUAUAUAUAUACAUGUAUGAUAAUGUUCCUUAUUACUCCACUUUUACCACGUCUGAUGGAUGUCAUUCUACCUUUGAACGAGUCUCGCCCAUUGAGAAGUGUAAUUAGAGGCUAUUACUUCAUUGACGAAAAAGAAUAUUUCUAUGCGAUUUAUUGUCACAUGUGUAUAGAAAUUACGAUUGCAAUUACAGUACUCAUUGCUACGGAUAGUUUAUUUUUGGUUUUUAAUUCACACAUAUGUGGUUUAUUUGCCAUAGUAGGAUUUCGUCUGGAACACUUGUUGCACGAUCAGAUCGAUUCUAAAAUUUUAUUGGAUAAUCAAAAAAGAAAAAUGGUUUUCAAUAACGUAGUACAUACUAUUAAAAAUCAUAAAAGAGCAUUGGAGUUUGCUGAACUUAUUGAAUCUUGUUAUUCGAUACCUUUUCUUGUACAGUCUUUUUUGGGAUUGAUAUGUUUGAGCGUUUCUAUGUUUCUAGUAUUAAUGUUGCUGGAUAAAAGAGCAGAAGCAUUUAGGUUCAUCGCUUUUUCAUCUGCACAAUUUCUUCAUCUUUUAUGUAUAUGUUAUCCUGGACAAAGAAUGAUAGAUUACAGUACUGAUAUACACAUUAAAGCAUAUAAUGGAUUGUGGUACGAAGCACCAAUUGAAAUUCAUAGAUUAGUGUUAUUAAUAAUACGACGAAGUAUGGAACCUUGUUAUUUGACUGCUGGAAAAAUAUUUAUAUUUUGUUUAGAAACUUUUUCAAAGAAUGCUUUACGCUUUCGUAACGUUAUGGAUAGUUUCGAGCAUCAUUACUAUAAAUUCAAUAAACGUUUAUUAGUGCUGAUAGGACAAUGGCCUUAUCAGAAUUCGAUUGAUUGUUUUUUCCGUAGAUGCAUUGUUAAUUUUAUAUUUAUCAUUUUUGUUAUAACACAGGUAGCAUUGAUUCUUACCUGUAAUGGAAACAUCGAUAUGAUACUCGAAACUACACCAAGUAUAUGUGGUUUUAUCAUUAUAGCUAUUAAAUAUUACACCUAUCAGAUUCAAAGAAAUGAUGUAAGUUUUCUUCUAAUUAAUUUAAUAGCCAAAAAAAUUACGAUUGCAAUUACUCUACUCAUUGCUACGGAUAGUUUAUUUUUGGUUUUUAAUUCACACAUAUGUGGUUUAUUUGCCAUAGUAGGAUUUCGUCUGGAACACUUGUUGCACGAUCAGAUCGAUUCUAAAAUUUUAUUGGAUAAUCAAAAAAAAAAAAUGAUUUUCAAUAACGUAGUACAUACUAUUAAAAAUCAUAAAAGAGCAUUGAAGUUUGCUGAACUCAUUGAAUCUUGUUAUUCGGUAUCUUUUCUUAUGCAAUCUUGCGUAGGACUGAUAUGUUUGAGCGUUUCUAUGUUCCAAAUAUUAAUGUUGCUGGAUAAAAUAUCAGAAGCAUUUAGAUUUUUUGCUUAUUCUUGUGCUCAGUUUGUUCAUCUUUUAUGUAUAUGUUAUCCAGGUCAAAGAAUGAUAGAUUACAGUACUGAUAUACGUACUAAAGCAUAUAAUGGUCUAUGGUACAAAGCGCCAAUUGAAAUUCAUAGAUUAGUGUUAUUAAUAAUACGACGAAGUAUGGAACCUUGUUAUUUGACUGCUGGAAAAACAUUUAUAUUUUGUUUAGAAACUUUUGCGAAGAUUCUCCAAACAUCCGGUUCGUAUCUCAUGAUGUCAAAAGAAUCAACAAAAGAAAUUAUAAUGCACAACGUUUGCAAUAUUUUGCGGGAAGAAAAUUAUGGUCUUUCGGAGUCCUACACUUUUAUCGUGACGAGUAUAGCAUGUGCGAUGAGUAUGAAUCAACCAGUAAAUAUGAAUAUCUUCGAGGGUGGCUUUUAUAAGUGUAACUAUCUUCUCUUAUAUUUUCUUGGAUUGUGGCCUUAUCAAAAGUCUCGUUCAUGGCGCUUUUAUCUCGUUAAUAUAAUGUUACUAUCAUUUAAUUUACCUCAGUUUCUAAAAUUGUACACUUCUAAGGAAGAUAUUGAUGUUAUAUUAAAAGUUAUUCCAGUUUGGGGUACAUCAAUGAACGCAAUUAUCAAGUAUUAUACUAUUCAUUUAAGCCCGUGCAAUAUGAAAACAUUAUUAGAUGAUAUUAUCAUUGAUUGGAAAAUUUGGAAUACCGAAAAAGACAUUGAAAUUAUGACGAAGUACGCUAAGGAAGGACGAUUAUAUAGUUUAAUAUACGCUGUAUAUGCAUAUUUUACCUCGAUAGUAUUCUUAGGUGUUAUCUUCGUGCCACGUAUGAUGGAUAUAAUUCAACCCCUUAACGAAUCUCGUCCUUUAAAAUUACCAAUUAUAUGCGAAUAUUUCCUAGAUCAGGAUAAAUAUUUUUAUCCAAUUUAUUUCCAUGUGUUUAUAUCCCUAUUAAUAUCUGUGACAGUUUUAAUAGCUGCCGAUAUCCAACUUAUGAUCUUUACUUAUCACGUUUGCAGUGCAUUUGCGGUUAUAGGAUAUCGUCUGGAAGAUUUUUUAAAGGACGCAUAUGUAAUAAAGAAUUGGACUAAUGAUCAGCGUAAAAGAUAUAGAGAAAAUCUCGUCUUUUCCAUUAAUGGUCACAGAAGGGCUAUAGAGUUCGCCAAUUAUAUCGAAUCUUCAUUUUCAUAUUCUUUGCUCCUACAAAGCGGUAUCAAUAUAAUUUGCAUGUCCAUUUCUUUGUAUCGGAUUAAUAAAGAAAUGGGGAAACGAUUCGAUGAAGUUUUACGAUAUGUUCUUUUUGUAAUUGGUCAACUAUUCCACAUGUUUUAUACUUCUUAUGCCGGACAAAUGAUAAUAGAUCAUAGUACUAAUAUAGGUGGAAAAGCUUAUAAUUCAAUGUGGUACGAAGCACCAAAAGAAAUAAAUAAAUUAUUAUUAUUAAUAAUGAAAAGAAGUGUCGAACAAUCGAAUUUGACUGCUGGAAAGAUCUUCAUCUUUUGUAUAGAAAGUUUUGGAACGAUAUUUCAAUUGUACACUUCUAAAGGAGAUUUUAAUAUGAUUAUUGAAAUUGUCCCGACGAUAGCAACGAUGAUAAACAUGAUGAUCAAAUAUUAUACUUAUUACAUCGGUAUGUUCAAUAUAAGAAAACUUUUGGAUAAAAUGAUCAUCGAUUGGAAAAUCUGGAAUACCAAGGAAGAAAUAGAAAUAAUUAAAAGAUAUGCCGAGGAAGGUCGCCUUUAUACUUUAGCAUAUACCAUAUAUAUAUACGUUAGUACGGUAUUAUAUUUAUCGAUAUCGUUUUUACCUCUUCUUCUGGACGUAAUUCUACCUUUAAACGUAUCACGGCCUUUGCAACCGAUCGUUUUAGGCGAAUACUACUUUAUCGAUCAAUCUGAACACUUUUAUUUCAUUUUCUGUCACAUGGCUUUAACAAUUUUACUUGCCAUGACGAUUGUAAUAGCAACCGAUACACAAUUCUUCGUUUUCACUUCUCACGCCUGCGGAGUGUUUUCAGUCGUAGGAUUUCGUUUCGAACGAUUAAUGAAAAGUAAUGAAAUUACUUUUAUGAUUAAUGAAAAGAAUAAAUAUUUUAAUUACCGUGAAUCAUUAAAUUACGUUGCAUGUUCCAUCGAAGGCCACAGCAGAGCUAUAGAGUUUGCGAAUCUUAUCGAAUCAUCUUUCUCAAUCCCUUUGCUUAUACAAUGUGGAGUAAACGUCGCAUGCUUGAGCGUUUCCUUAUAUCGUAUGACAAUGUUGUUGGACAUGUCCACGGAAACAUUCAAAUACAUUGCCUUUUUAGCCGCACAAUUAUUUCAUAUAUUUUGUAUAUGUUAUUCCGGACAAAGAAUAAUCGAUUAUAGCAGCGAGAUCUUUUUAAAAGCAUACAAUGGUCUUUGGUAUGAGGCACCAUUAGAGAUAAGAAAAUUAUUACUUUUGGUUAUAAGACGAGGCAUCAAACCAUCUAAAUUAACCGGUGGAAAUAUAUUUGUCUUUUGUCUGAAAGGUUUUUCAACGAUCGUUCAUACAUCUACCUCAUACUUCAUGUUUUUGUCCUCGAUGAAUUAAUUAAUAAAUCCUAUUUGAAGUAAUCAAGAUCUUGAAUGAUCAUUUUCUUUCUCACACAUCGUUCAUUGAUGAAUGAAACGAAAGAUAUUGAUGUAAAUAUCUGAAGAAGAACAAUUGCAAUAUUCGAAGAAAACAAACUUGUAAUUGUCUUUAUAAAUUCUCU